GUGGCUUUUUCUGUUCGCAAUUCCUCAACUACGCUUGACCUUCUGCUCAGGACACUAAACAAAUGUCUCGACCACAAUUACCAGCUUUACCGACUAUUGAAUUGCCCGCCUUUUUGGAACCUCUUAAGCUUAAGAAGUUUCCAUUGAGGACCUUCCCUGCAACAUACGAACCUCCAAGACCAACGAAACCAACCCUUCAGGUCUUUGGUCCUGGUUGGGAAGGCAAGCAGGCAAGCUUUGAUGUCGAUUGUCUUUCCAUGCAGGUAUACCUCAAGUUUUGUGGUGUAGACUUUGACGUUGUACACAGCAACGAGCCGUACUCUUCACCAAAAGUAAAACUCCCAUAUCUUGUUGUUCCACCCGACCAUUGUCUCUAUGGCGAACAGAUUCACCAUUGGUUACAGAAGAAUGAAAAGAACAAGAGGCUUGAAAAGGAAGCCGAAGACAUAGAAUCAAAGGCGUUUGUAACAAUGAUAGAAAAGAAGCUGGGGGCCGCUUUGCUGUUCACAUUAUGGCUAGAGCCAUUGAAUGCAUCGGAACUGACAUCAACCAAAUACUUCGGACAUGUUUCUAGUCCAAUAGAUAAGCUUCUCGCUUACCGAAAGAAAGAGGAAGUAGUACAAUCGCUUUUGAUUGAUCGCGAUGUCCUCAUUCGAGAAGAGAUAUACCAGUCAGCAGCGGAUGCACUGUCUGCCCUAUCAGUGAAGCUAGGGGCAAAUGAUUAUUUCUUUGGUAGCGACUACCCUACUUAUCUCGAUGCCGUUGCCUUCGCUUACUUUCAUGUUAUACUCGCCAUCCCUCAGAUAACUGAUUCGAACGCUGACAAGGAAGCAAAGCGUCAUGCCACAGAGCUUCGCAAUCUUGUCCUCAACCACAGCAAUUUAGUCAAAUACACGAAGAAGAUGUACAGUACUUGGCUCAAAUAAUGUUUGCCCUACAAAUGUAACCUACAUAGAAUAAAAGAAAGUUAAUGAAGAAGAGGUAUUGGGCUGGAUUGGGUUUAAUUGUAAAGGGCCAACUGGGAGCAAGUAUUAUUUUCAAUAUCUAGUAUUGUGAGCGGUGCAAUAUUGUUCUCAGCCGCUGCUUCUAACUCGUUUUUGCUACUGUAAGAACGUUUUUCAAACCGAUUAGACCGAAGAUAAAAAAGAAAAAUAG